AAGGGACUGACGUCUUAAUCUGUACCCAUUCCGAGGCGUUAGUAUGUGCUGAAGGCCUGCGAUGUUCGGAGUAUCGACGAAUCGGCCGUGGUGACACUCAGGACGAUAGACAAAUGAUUGUCAGGAUAUUCGACUUGCUAAAUGGCCUACACAUCCCACACACACACCUGUCUUGGUGAACAAAUGGGCCGACUUAUUUUCGGUUUCACCCUUUUCCUAAUCUUCCUAUGCCCGUUGGCUCAGUGCAUCCUGUGCGAAGAGGCCAGGUUAAAAUGCGCCCUCAGAGACGGCUGCGGUACGGCGCUGCAGGGUUACUUCCUCAGCUGUUCCGAAUUGCACAAAUCUCGACAACUCACUUCUUGCCCGGAGGAUUGCCUCAACUCCCUCAUCGCCCUUACAUCGACCCACGAAGGAAAACAGCUCAUGAACUGCGAAUGCGGUGACGACCUGUGCCGGAAGACGAAGGACAGGGUGGACGUCUGCAGGCCUCAGGUCAUCAAAGCGAGCAUGAACGAGACGAUUGUUUCCUGCGUCGUCGCCCAGUGGAUCUGCGGAGUCGACCCCGUGUGCGCCAAGGCGCUCUCCUACUACAACCAUUACUGCAGGUCGAUGUUUCUCGGUAAACGUUGCUCAGCACGUUGCGAGAACAGCAUCAACAUCCUCCGCCGGCAGGAGAAAGCGGCUAAACUCAACUCCUGCACCUGCGACGGCAAAGAGGAAUACGACUGCGAUUCGAUACGGAGGAACAUGGACAGGAUGUGCUUCGCCGGGAAGAAGAAAAUCCAG